AUGUCUUCUAAUACCGAAAACCCGCCUGCGUACCAGGAAAAGCCUUCUUCCACGAAAGAAACGACGGAUUCAAUUACUACGACUAGCCGUCUUGCUACGACCAGCCGUCUUGCUGGUACUGUGCGCACAUUCUCGAUCGCAGAUCGUUACUACGACUAUUUCAGCAUUGUUCGUGUUUCUGAUUCAAGCUACCAUUUAUCUCUCACGGUUGAUCCUACGCCUCUUUAUCGCAUUGAACUCGUCUCUGAGCCUACCAAAGUCGGCAAUAUCCAAAUCUUCUCUAUGUCUGAGCCCACGCUCCCAGCUGUUGCAGCAGCAUACUUGCCAAGCGAAGUCAAUGACAAGACCCUAUCAGCAGGCACAGUAUGCACUUCCUCGCCUACUGAGCCUGGCGCCCUCUGGCGUACUAUAUCUCGUCCAAAAGCCUUCUCUACAAUCGCGGCACCGGAUAGGUACUACAGUCAAAUACCAAUAACUAUGGUGCCUGGCAGAGCUGCCAACGAUCACGUCUUGACAUGGAGAACCAGGGAUGCCGGACGUAGUUUUACACUACUCUGGCAUGGUCCCCCACCUCUUGUACCAAAGCACCUAUAUGAGUCAGAAACCGCUGAUAAAACGGAUAAUAUCUUUGCGAUAGUGGAAAACAAGCCUGAUGGUGGGGAAAUCUUGUUUAGUGAGAAGUUGGAAAAGUCUAACUAG